UUUGAACAAAACAUGAUUGGUAGGCUUCAUGCCUGUGUAUCUUAUUUUUGAUCAUGCAAUUUCAUUGCAACUGAUAGCUAUGGUAAAAUUGUAGACUGUUUAAAAAUAAAACACAAAAUUCAUCAUGGUUGCUAUAGCGAAAUCUGCUGUCAUGUCGUAGGUAGCCUAAAGUCUGGCGCUGCGUGAUCGAAUGUACACAGCUUGCGCUGCGGAACACCCGCUGGAACACCCUUGGAACCCCGCUGACACAUCCGCUGGAACACCCGCUGGAACCCCGAUGGAACCAAGCAUGAGAAGGUGUUGGAAGCUAGCUAGCGCGAGCUGUUAGCCAACGAGGUCAUAUCGUAGACAUGUCUUGAGAAUGGCACUGUGCUGAUAGGUUACCUACCAAUCAGCAGAAAACAACACUGGAGAUCAGAUGAUCUGAAACAUGAAGGGUGAAGGUUUUAACACAAGAUAAGACCAGCUCUUUUAAGGAGAUAAGGAACUAUUUUCUAUUAACUUUGUGUGUGAGGACUACAGAAAUGCCUCCUAGACCUUCUUCUGGUGAAUUAUGGGGCAUCCAUUUGAUGCCCCCCCGGAUCUUUGUGGACUGCCUGUUGCCAAACGGGAUGAUCCUGACCCUCGAGUGCCUCCGUGAGGCUACGCUCAUCACCAUCAAACAUGAAGUGUUCAAGGAGGCCAGGAAGUACCCCCUGCAUCACCUACUACAGGAGGAGACCUCUUACAUAUUUGUCAGUGUUACGCAGGAGGCAGAGCGAGAGGAGUUCUACGAUGAAACUAGGAGACUAUGUGAUCUCAGGCUCUUUCAGCCUUUUCUGAAGGUCAUCGAACCGGUUGGUAACCGAGAGGAGAAAAUUCUGAACAGAGAAAUUGGAUUCGCAAUUGGUAUGCCUGUUUGCGAGUUUGACUUAGUAAAGGACCCUGAGGUGCAGGACUUCAGGAGGAAUAUUCUUAACGUCUGUAAGGAUUCAGUAGAACUCCGAGAUGCCAAUGGACCCCAUAGUCGGGCUUUAUAUGUCUACCCUCCCAAUGUUGAAUCCACACAAGAACUUCCAAAGCACAUCCAUGGCAAACUGGACAAAGGUCAAAUCAUUGUAGUGAUCUGGGUGAUUGUCUCACCCAACAAUGACAAGCAGAAAUACACCUUGAAGAUCAACCAUGAUUGUGUGCCAGAACAGGUGAUAGCUGAGGCCAUCAGGAAGAAGACAAGGAGCAUGCUGUUGUCCCCUGAACAACUCAAGAUGUGUGUGCAGGAGUACCAGGGCAAGUACAUCCUCAAGGUGUGCGGCUGUGACGAGUACCUCCUGGAGAAAUGCCCCCUGAGUCAAUAUAAGUAUGUGAGGAGUUGCAUCAUGCUUGGUAGGAUGCCCAACCUCAUGCUGAUGGCGAAGGAUAGCCUUUAUUCUCAGUUACCCAUGGACAACUUCACCAUGCCCUCGUACGCCCGGCGCAUCUCCACCGCCACCCCGUACAUGAACGGAGAGUCCUCCACCAAGUCUUUGUGGACCAUCAACGGAACCCUGCGGAUACGAGUGCUCUGUGCCACAUACGUGAAUGUGAACAUUCGGGAUAUAGAUAAGAUUUAUGUGCGAACCGGCAUCUACCAUGGAGGGGAGCAGAUGUGUGACAACGUGAACACGCAGCGUGUGCCAUGCUCUAAUCCCAGGUGGAACGAGUGGCUGACCUAUGACAUGUACAUUCCCGACAUCCCCCGGGCGGCCCGCCUCUGUCUCUCCAUCUGCUCUGUGAAAGGCAGGAAAGGGGCGAAGGAGGAGCACUGUCCACUGGCGUGGGGGAACGUCAACCUGUUUGACUACACUCACACCCUGGUCUCUGGUAAAAUGGCUCUGAACCUGUGGCCUGUACCCCACGGCCUGGAGGACCUACUCAACCCCAUCGGAGUCACAGGCUCCAACCCCAACAGGGAAACUCCUUGUCUAGAGCUGGAGUUUGACUACUUCAGCAGUCCUGUCAAGUUCCCAGACAUGACCACCGUGGAGGGACAUGCUAACUGGACCAUAUCCAGGGAGCUAGGUUUCAGCUACUGCCAGUCAGGCCAGAGUAACAGAGUGGCGCGGGACCACGCCUUAACGGACAGUGAUAAUGAGCAGCUGAGACAGGUGUGCAACCGAGACCCAUUGUCUGAGAUCACAGAGCAGGAGAAGGACUUCCUCUGGAGGCACAGGCACUACUGUGUAAAUAUACCUGAGAUCCUGCCCAAGAUCCUGCUGGCUGUGAAGUGGAACUCCAGAGAUGAAGUAGCACAGAUGUAUUGCCUUCUGAAGGAUUGGCCAGCAAUAAAACCAGAGCAAGCCAUGGAGCUGCUGGAUUGUAACUAUCCAGACCCAAUGAUCCGUGACUUUGCUGUUCGGUGCCUUGAGAAGUACUUGACCGAUGAUAAACUCUCUCAGUACCUCAUUCAGUUGGUCCAGGUUCUGAAAUACGAGCAGUACCUUGAUAACCCACUGGUACGAUUUCUACUGAAAAAGGCCUUGACUAACCAAAGGAUAGGACACUUCUUUUUCUGGCACUUAAAGUCUGAGAUGCACAAUAAGACGGUGAGUCAGCGGUUCGGCCUGCUGCUGGAGUCCUACUGCCGGGCGUGUGGCAUGUACCUGAAGCACCUGAGCAGACAAGUGGAGGCCAUGGAGAAACUCAUCAACCUCACCGACAUUCUCAAACAGGAGAAGAAGGACGAGACUCAGAAGGUGCAGAUGAAGUUUCUGGUGGAGCAGAUGAGGAGGCCAGACUACAUGGACGCCCUGCAGAAUUUCACCUCCCCCCUCAACCCUGCACACCAGCUGGGAAACAUACGGCUUGAGGAGUGCAGAAUCAUGUCAUCUGCCAAAAGACCACUGUGGCUCAACUGGGAAAACCCUGACAUCAUGUCCGAGCUCCUCUUCCAGAAUAAUGAGAUCAUAUUCAAAAACGGAGACGACCUGCGACAGGACAUGCUAACACUUCAGAUCAUCAGAAUUAUGGAGAACAUUUGGCAGAACCAGGGUCUAGACCUCAGGAUGUUGCCGUACGGCUGCAUGUCUUUAGGUGAUUGUGUGGGGCUGAUCGAGGUGGUGCGGAGCUCUCACACCAUCAUGCAGAUCCAGUGUAAAGGUGGCUUGAAGGGGGCGUUACAGUUCAACAGCUCAACACUACACCAGUGGCUCAAAGACAAGAACAAGGGAGAGAUGUAUGACCUUGCCGUUGACUUGUUUACGCGAUCCUGUGCUGGGUAUUGCGUGGCGACUUUUAUCCUAGGCAUCGGUGACAGACACAACAGUAACAUAAUGGUGAAGGAUGAUGGGCAGCUUUUUCACAUAGAUUUUGGCCAUUUUCUGGAUCACAAGAAAAAGAAAUUUGGCUACAAGCGAGAGCGAGUUCCAUUUGUCCUAACUCAAGACUUCUUGAUUGUGAUCAGCAAAGGGACCCAGGAGUGCACGAAGACCAGAGAGUUUGAGAGAUUUCAGGAGAUGUGCUAUAAGGCCUACUUGGCCAUUCGUCAGCAUGCCAACCUCUUCAUCAACCUGUUCUCCAUGAUGCUGGGCUCUGGGAUGCCCGAGCUGCAGUCCUUCGAUGACAUCGCCUACAUCCGUAAAACCCUGGCCCUGGACAAGACUGAGCAGGAGGCCCUGGACUACUUCAUGAAGCAAAUGAACGACGCCCACCAUGGCGGCUGGACCACCAAGAUGGACUGGAUUUUCCACACCAUCCGCCAGCACGCGCUUAACUAAGUCCAGGCAGGACAUCCGCCAGCCCUGCCCGGCCAGACACACCAGCCAGCUGUGAGUGGAACAUCCAAACCUCAUGAACUAAUGGGUGAUGCUUGACUAUCCUAUCGAGCACUUAACAAUCCAGAGUGAUUUUCGUUUUUUUUUUUACUGUAUUGGUUUUCCCUGCAGAAACUUACCAACUAACUCGCCUUGUCUAAAACGGUAGUUUUUUUGCCUUUUGUGUGUGCUUUUUUUCUUUGAAUAUAAAUCUUCCCUCGUUCCUUUCCUUUUUGUAAUAGAGAAGAGUUUGCCGUCACCCUUUACAGGGUCACGUGUAUAGAUGUCUUCCUGUAACGUUAAUGCCUUUUGAAUAUGCACGGAACAUCCCAGAAAAAAACCGGUAUGAAUUCAGCCUACUCCACCUGUUGUAAACAUAUUUUUUUUAAAGAUAACCCCCUGAAAGGCAGCACCUUGAAGUGUUACAUUGUGGCCCAAUAGCUCUAUUGGCUGGUCAUUUCUGGCACCACAGUUUUUAAAUCCAUUGUCAUACUCCUUCCUUUGGCAUCAUAUUUAGCAGUAACCGCAGGUUAUAUAUACAGUAUAUUUUUAGAAACCUAUACAUGUAUACCUCUGCAUGUGUAUACACACACACUGUGGGCCCAGCCUGUGAUACUAUGAUAAAGUACAGCAGUACAGAAAGUAAUGAAUGCACUGUCAAGAAAACCUUGCAGUUUAAACAUGAAGCCUUAAUGUAGUUGACGUACAAUGAGCAAGGGCUGGAUUUCUCCCUCUUGUGUCUUGGAGGUCAAUGGUAAAAUACCUCUGUUGCUCAGUGAGACGUCAUCAUAAUGAAUGUUGAGAAGUGCAUUAAGCUAGGCAGACAUAGUCACCUCAUGUACCUGAUGCUUUCAUCAUGCAUGUCAGUAGUGCAGUUGGCUUGUGAACUAUACGAAUGUUACAGUGCAAUGUGUUGGCAUGGGGAUAAUCAGCAGUACAGUAUGUGAACAUAAGACUAUUUGUACACGUUGGAAAGUGGAUGAAGGCUGUCCCAAGGCAGCUAGUCAGUGUUGUUUGUGUGGGCACCCCUCCCUCUCUCUGUGUGGAGUGGACCCCUCUGUUUAUUCUUUAUUAUGAGUAAACCUUUUGAUAAUUGUUGGACCUAGGAAACUCUGAAUAAGAGCUGUGGGAAAGGUUUCUAUUCCAUAAUGGCUUCUCAAAGUCCAAACCCCUUUCAAAUGAAGGACAUUCAUUUUGGGGUAAAACCCUGUAUUCUCAUUCUCCAGCGUAACUCUGUGAUAUAUGCUGUUGAGAAAUAAGGUGGCAUUUUAAAGAAGUGUCUCCUUUAUGGCAGAUUUUCCCCAACCCAAGAAAAAAUACGCACUUUUGUUUUCCCUUUUCAAAUAUUUUUUGUUGAUUCAAUGAAAGCCAAAGUUAAGUCUCUAAUGUUGUGUGAAUCGCUCAAUGGUUAUCUGCAUUACUAUAAAAAGCCUAAGGACUAACGCAUGCAUAUAUUUGCCUCUAUAUGUAUCAGUUAUGUUAUGAGGAAAGGGGCAUGUAGUGAACAAGUGUUGUGACCAGAGGUUAUAGGAUUUUGGUGUUUAGAUUGUAAACUGUCUUUUUAAACCACCAGAAAAAAAUGAGGGACACUUGUGCCUGCUUAGUAUUUCAGAAUUCUAACUCUCAAAUACAACAUGUCACAAUUAAUAUUUCUAAUACCCUAGAGGUAAUAUACUUGACGUGGCUUUAAACUACAUUAUAAAUGCCUAUGUUUGCAAAUGUUGUCUCAAAAGUAGACCUUUCCUCCUAAAGAUAUAGCCUGGGAAUGAGGUUCUCUAAAGUAUACUAUUGUGGUGGUAUUCCAGACUUCAUAUGCAUUCAUGAUAUGGGAGUAGUCUUUUGAAAACGUAUUGUUCCCUUAUGCAGUAAACCAAUCAACUGGUAUAGAGAUCGACAGUUGCUGAUGCAGGUGGAUUUUGCACUUUUUUAACGCCUUUGGUCCUACAGUAGUUUGAGUGCAGGUCUUUUUUAAGCAUAAGCAAUAGUAUCCCUUUCUAUCUGAGAUUUGUCAGAUGCAUUAGACGCUUAUAGUAGUCACCAGCCUUUUGUUAGCUCUUCAAAUGCCAUUAAUUGCAUGGUUGUAUUAACUUUGUGUGUGUGUGCAUUAAUAUGGAUCUGUACAGGUUAUAGAUUUUCUUGGGCUGGACCCAUUUAAAAGCCCAUUCAUAAUGUCAAUGUAAUACAGUGAGUGUGGUAAAUGCUUUGUAAACCUUUUCCACUUGCUGAACAGCACCAGGAAAGAUAUUGUGAUGCUGUACUUGAAACAUCAUUUGUUAGAAAAGAUAACUUUUCAUAUUUCAACUUCAAAAGUUUUACUUGAAAUGUAAUUGUUCUGAACCAUGUUUGUAUGUUGAAAACAGCUGUCAUAGCCAUGUGGUAUAUAGCACUGAGGGUUAGCGCAGGCAAAUCCAUACCGAUUGUGAAUGUUAACAUUUGGUCAUCUUACAAGUCUCUCUACAGUUGGAGAUUCUAAAAUACGUGUUGACUUGGGCCAUACGAUGAUGUAGAAGGAAAUAACCAAUUUAAUGUGUAAAUGAUGUAAACAAUUUGUUAUUUAAGAAAAGGUUCAAGUGUCAUUUUUUUGUUUUACUGAAACAUCUGGAGUGGUUAAAUCUCUUCAUUUAAUACAGGUUUAUAGACGUAUUGAAUUGUAUUUUUCAUAUAUUUUGGCAUUACUAUCAACAAAGCUACUAUGAUUGUAUUAUUACACAGCCAUCCUGCAUGAGUUUGUUAAAAUAAUAUACUUUUAUUUAUUCUGCUAAGCAGCUAUAAAGAAAGUUUGGCACUAGGAACAACUAAUAAUAAUCCAACCUCUAACCCAUGACAUACUGUACCUGCAUUAUCACAUACAGUAUUCUUUGUUUCUGUUUGCGUCUAAGUUAAAUACUUGCAUUGUAUCCAGACUGACUACAAUUAUUUGAGUGUUACGUGACAAUGUACAAAUAAACUUCUCAGUUACAGUAAGUAC